AUGCCGUCCUCUGAGGGCUUUUUACGCCAGCGGAAGCUCGCUGCCGAUGCAGCGGUUAUGGAAGACUCUUCGAAUGCUCCCGACCAUGCCCAGAAGCGAGAGGAAGAGGUCGUUUGGGGAAAGACGCCAGGCGGUGAAGUUUUUCGCGUACCAACCACACACGACGUCAUAACUACGCUUCUCAACCCCAAAUAUCCCAAGAGUCAUCUUGACUUGCUGAACUUGGGUCUCCUUGGCCUCCAGAUCGUACUGUACUUUCUCCUGUCCCGCAAGACUGCCCAGAUAUUCUUUUUCUUCUACUUUGCGUUCUGGCGUUCCGCAUAUGACGCCGGCCUGGGAUGGGUUCUGACCAAGCAGAGUAAGAAGAAGUGGAUCGUGAGGGAAGUUCAGCGACUGGGAUGGCUCGAUGAAGAACGACGACCAGCGAUGAGAAACUGGAUUCGAAAGCAGCUCGUCGAUAAAAUGGGAAAAGACUACUCGUUUGAUGAACUCCCUCUGGAGUACAACACCUGGCUCCUUUUCCGUCAGGCCGUCGACGUCAUUCUCGUCAAUGAUUUCUUGUCGUACUGCAUGUUCGCGUUCUCAUGCUUCCGUGUACCAGAGGACUUGUCAUAUGCGGUGCAUACGAUGAGAUGGGUGGGUGGCAUUGCCCUAAUUGGCUUCAAUCUCUGGGUUAAAACCGAGGCACACAACGUAGUCAAGGACUAUGGAUGGUAUUGGGGUGAUUGUUUCUUCCAACGCGGAGCUCUCGUCUUUGACGGCGUCUUUGAGUUGGCUCCUCAUCCCAUGUACUCCGUCGGGUAUGCUGGAUACUACGGCCUUUCCAUGAUUUCUGGCAGCUAUGCCGUGCUGUUCGCCAGUCUAAUUGCCCAUGCCGCCCAGUUUGCCUUCCUUGUGCUUUUCGAGAAUCCCCAUAUCGAGCGUAUGUACGGCCAACGUAAAGCCAUUGCCAAGCGGGUUCCACUCCGCCCCACGAAGACGAACAACGCUGUUGCAAAUUCGAGCAGUCUGCCUUCCACCGCCAGUGCCUCGACCAUAGUUCCUGAAGAAUCUGGGCACUCUACACCCGCUGCGACCGAAGGAGACACGGCCACAGAGACCGAGCUGGAGACCGAGACCGAGAUCGAUGACGAGAAACAGCAGGUCUUCGUUGGAAAUGCUAAGAUCGCGAGGCAUCAAGCUACGUUCUCGAUGGACAGCUCCGCGUCCUCGAAUGGAGAUAUCGAAACUUCACGUACCAUCGCCGUUGGAAGCAAGUCUGGUUCCUCCUUGUCUGGUCCGAGGAGCAGUAGCAAUGCCAAUACCCCGUCGCCGUCGCUGAGGCGGAAGACUGUCUCGCAACAUGACCUUCUGAACAAGUAUUUCAGACGUGAUGCCGUUAUUUUACGCAAUAUCGACCUUCUCAGGGCUAGCGAUGCAAUGCUUGUGCUCAUUAUGUUCUACGGCUUCCUUCUGUCUGUGCUGCCCGGCCUCUCACCAAGGGCUUCUCUGCUCUUGCACUUCGCGCACGCCCUUGCCUGGUGCAUGUUCAGCCACUUCGGCCUGGGUCUCAUCCUUCGUGCCCAGAGCGAGAACAAGUUCCUUGUUAGGCACUAUCUAAAGAAUUACCACUACUCGCAAACGAAUGACGCUGGCGAGUACGCCAUUAUGGAGGCCUUUAACAACUGGAAGGCCAUCUACAACCUGGCUAUGUGUAUGACUUAUGUGUCUUGUUUUGGUCUCGCGUGGAAGGCGUACCUGUUCCCCAGUGAUUGGAUGGUUGGACACUCCUUGCUUCGACACACGAUUGGCACGCUCCUCAUUGGCCUGCACAUUUGGGCAACUAUGGAGUCUUAUGAGGUUCUGGGGAUCUUCGGAUGGUUUUUUGGAGACUUCUUCAUGGAGGAAUUUCCUGCCCAUGUCGAGUAUACUGGGAUAUAUCGAUAUUUGAAUAACCCCGAAGCAAUGGGCGGUGCGACCUACUUUGGCCUCGCUCUCAUUAGUGGCAGCAAAUUGGUACUCUCUCUCGCCGUAAUCCGCCACCUUGCGAACUGGUGGUUCCUUAGCAGCGUUGAGCACCCCCACAUGCGCAAGUUGUACGGCGAUUCCCUUCGAAAAGAUGCAGGGUUUGUCAAAGUCAUGAAGAGUGUCGCAAGCAAGAACGUUCGCAUCCUCGAGUCGCGUGCGGGAAAGCAUGCACCUGAACUCAAGAGGGUCGCUCGGGAGGUUAUCGGUACCUUCGACAAAGUCUACGAGGAAACAGCAGACGCUGUUGAGGAGUUCCUAGCUCGGUCUGCGCCAAGAAUUUCGGAAGUCGUGCAAGAGACGAAAAUCUUGCUGCAACAGUCGCGCGAGAGAUUGGUUAUAACCCGUGUUUCAAAUGACUUGUCAUCGUAUGAUACUGCCAAGUAUCGGAUUUCGGUCGUUCCUAGUACCACUACUGGAAAUCCAGCCUUCCAUUUGGGUGAACCUAUAACUGUCAAAUGGCAGGCGCCACACAAACAUUCCCGGAAAGAUUGGAUUGGUUUAUACCGAGUUGGCGCGAACAAGUCAAAGGUGGUCACUAAAACUUCGUCUAUGGGGAUGUGGCUGCCAGUCCACGACGAAGAGUGGGACGGAGACGUUCCUUUGGGUCUCACGCGGGCUCCAAGUCCACAUCGCGACGCAGAGAAGGGCACCGUCACUUUCAAAGGCAACACUCUCCCGUGGCUUGUUGGACGUUAUGAGGUUCGUUAUCACCAUGAUGGGAAGUACAAUGUCAUGAGCAUGGACGGUCCGAUUGAGAUAUACGUUGAUAAACCCUCAGAAGUCGAUUUCACCUCCGUUCGUGAAUCGCUCAUGCACGUCGUGCCGUUGUGCCUCGACUCCGAUCCUUCUUUGAUACCGCUAUCCUGCAAGGUGGCCGCCUUGUCCUCCCAGGAUAGUUCUCUCCGCACUCCGUCUUCGUCAGACACUCCGCCAGAACCCGGUUUGGCGAAUGAAAGCGAGCCCGGACAAGCAAACACUGAAGACAAUCCUGAGGAUCGUGAUCCAGACGACUUUAGUUUCUGGUCUGAGCGGCAGGCGAAGCGAAUAUGUGCAGCUAUCAAGGAGAUAUUUGAUGUUGAGUACGCGCCCGAAGUCGUCGUCGCCGAUGCGAACCUGACAGCGCUGGCCAACCGAAUACUUCUAUCGAAACGAAUUUUAUCCUCCGGUCCGUAG